AUGAAUGCAAUCUGGGCAGAAAGCAUCUCUCAAAUCCUUGGCUGGGCCUAUUUCAUCCUGUGGUCGCUGUCAUUCUACCCGCAAGUCAUACACAACCACCGCCGCCGCUCGACAGACGGCUUCUCCAUUGAUUUUGCUCUGCUCAACGUGCUCGGAUUGUCCACAUACACCAUUUCAAACGCCUGCUUCCUCUUUUCGCCGGUCGUGCGUGCCCAGUAUGCCCAGCGACAUUCGCAGAGCCCUGAACCAACCGUCCAAUGGAAUGAUUUCGUCUAUGCCCUUCACGGAGCACUGAUAUGUUGCUGGAUCUGUAGCCACUUCUUCUGUGCGCGGUUCUGGAACUUUGAUUCUAAGCUGCAGCGGCCGAAUACCUUGGCCCUCAUAGUUUUCUGGGGCUGUCUGGGGGUGGUCCCCCUGGCCAUUCUUUGCGUUCUAGUGUCGGAAUCGUGGGAAUGGAUUGAUGUGGUCUAUGUGGUCGGCAUGAUCAAGGUGUUCCUAACAGCCGUCAAAUACACACCGCAGACAGUGAUGAAUUAUCGGCGGCAGUCAACAGCCGGAUUUUCCAUCGUGGCGAUCCUGCUAGAUCUGUCCGGUGCGAUUCUGUCACUGAUGCAGCUGGUGCUGGAUUCUUCGAUGCAAGGGGACUGGUCGGGCGCCGUAGGUAACAUCGCCAAACUAUUGCUGGGCAACAUCACUAUCAUAUUCGAUCUCACUUUUAUCUUUCAGCACUUUGUUCUGUAUCGGGAGCGAUUCGCAGAGAAUAAGCCAGGGCUAUCAGAGCGCGAUCCUCUCCUUGAUAGCAGGAACGAGGCAUAG